UGAGUCCUGGGGACAGACUGAGCAGCAGGCUGAACAGCACCAACUCUGGGAAAAGUGAGAUUGUGCAAAAGCUGCAGGGAACUGGAAGAGCUUGAAAGCCUAGAGGUCAAGCCCUAAGCUCAAGCUGCCAAAAUCUUUGGACCACUUUUUACCAGAAUUUCCUCCUUCAGCUGAAAUGGAUUCUGACGCCGGCUCCACCUGCAGCCGCUCCUCGUCUCCAGACCUGGUGGUGGAUGACUCUGCGGGGAGCUUCUUCUCCAAUAAGAUGUUCCAGAAGUACUGCCAGGAGAACAGAGCCGACUGCGAGGCCGGCCAAGGCAGGACGGAGCACUGCAGCGGGAGCGGUAAGAGCAAAUCCAGAUCUGAGCUCAGCAAGGAAGAGAUGCAAGACCUGAGGCUGAAAGUUAACAGUCGAGAAAGGAAAAGGAUGCAUGAUCUGAACCAGGCGAUGGAUGGCCUCAGAGAGGUCAUGCCAUACGCACAUGGACCUUCAGUCCGUAAGCUGUCAAAAAUCUCCACCUUGCUGCUGGCUCGCAACUACAUCCUCAUGCUUUCCAGCUCUUUGGAGGAGAUGAAGAAAUUGGUCGGGGAUGUUUAUGGCGGCAGUGCUGCUGUCCAGAGCCGCGCAGCUCCCCAUCCCACGAUUACCCCCGCGGCCACGACCGCCCACCUCCCUCUGCAUCCUCUGGCCCAGUCCCUUCACUCUCUGGUGGGCGGCACACCUUCGGCUCUCCAGCAUCACUCAUCUUCUCCUUCGUCAGCCCCAGCUCCACACUCCCCUCCGUCAGCCAGCUUCCUGGGCUUUCACGCUCCAGUCCAGAGCCUCCUGAAGGACCCUCUCCACCUGAGCAGCUCCUACAGGCAUUUCCCUGGCAUGCCCUGCCCUUGCUCACUCUGCCAGCCUCUACCCACCACUACCUCCACAUUACACAGCCUGUCUAUGACCAAGUGAGCAGGACUCUCUUAAAAUGGAUCACAAACAGAAGCCUGAUGGAAAGAACUGAUAAAAUGAUGGCUGGGGCCAGGCCUUGUACAUGCUGUAUAUAUAUAUCUAUCUUCUGGGAUACAAACUGCUGCUAUUUUUAUUAAUUGUGUCACUGUUUCAUACAGAAUUAUUCCAAAUGUCUGUAAUUUAUGUGAUACAUGUGGUGAUGAAACACUGUCAA